AUGCAAGCUGCAAAUGCAUCCCAGGCUUACCUGAAGAACAGGACCCCCAGUCCCUUUCAUGGGCCGCAGUGGCCCCACCUGGCUUCACGAGGCGUCUACACCUCAGUGGCUGUGCUCAUGGGGGUCGUGGUGGUCUCAGCCACUCUGGUGAACGGGCUAGUCAUUGCGGUCUCCAUCCGGUUCAAGAAGCUUCGCUCUCCUUUGAACUACAUCCUGGUGAACUUGGCCUCGGCCGACCUUCUUGUCACCUUCUUUGGAAGUACCAUCAGCUUCACCAACAACACCUUUGGCUUCUUCGUGUUUGGCAAGACGGUGUGCCAGUUUGAAGGGUUCAUGGUCUCCUUAACAGGAAUUGUGGGUCUUUGGUCCUUAGCAAUCCUGGCCUUUGAGAGAUACCUCGUGAUCUGCAAACCUGUGGGAGAUUUCCGGUUCCAGCAAAGACAUGCAAUGGUUGGCUGCCUUUAUACGUGGGUAUGGUCAUUAGUUUGGACAGUCCCCCCGCUGCUUGGUUGGAGCAGCUACGUCCCAGAAGGCUUAGGAACAUCCUGUGGACCAAACUGGUACAUGGGUGGUACCAAUAAUAACAGCUACAUCAUGGCCUUGUUUGUGAUGUGCUUUGCUUUACCUCUGAGCAUGAUCCUCUUCUCCUACACCAACUUGCUGCUGACAUUGCGAGCGGUAGCGGCUCAGCAGAGAGAACAAGAGACAACGCAACGUGCUGAGAGGCAGGUGACCCAGAUGGUCAUCGCUAUGGUGAUGGCCUUUCUCAUCUGCUGGCUGCCCUAUGCCACUUUUGCCAUGGUGGUUGCCACGACCAAGGACCUCUCCAUCCAGCCGGCACUGGCCUCACUGCCGUCCUAUUUCUCCAAGACGGCCACAGUGUACAACCCCAUCAUUUAUGUCUUCAUGAACAAACAGUUCCGCAGCUGCCUCCUGAACACCAUGAGCUGUGGGCACAUCCCGCUGGCAAAGCCGGAAACGACACCAGCCGCGAUUGCCGCCCGUGGGGGCUUUGCCGUGACCUCAGAAAGGAAUGGGAAUAAAGUGGCCCCUACAUAACCGCAGGGCUUGACAGCCGAGCGUGGCUCUGAUUCCCAAGACUUACAAUUUCUGUUGGGAGCAUCACCAUUUGGAGUCUGAUGUGCUAGUUUUUUUUACUUCUGGUCAAGGUACAAGCUAUAUUUACCAUGAGAAUUCAAAUAUAUGGCUUUCACUUCAUCACUACUGCACAGAGGAUUAUCGGCUGCCCUCUCCCCUCCUUGGAAGAACUCUAUAAUUCCCGAAGCCUAAAGAAAGCCCAAAAUAUUCUGAGAGAC